AUGAGCGACCCUAAUUGGCAAAGAUUAUCCAACGAAUUGAGACGUCGUGCUGCCCAAGCCGCCCAAUCCAGACCUGGUGGCGGCGGUGGUGUUCCUCCAAGAAUGCCUGGUGGACUCUUUUCCCUCGGUGGAGUCCUCGCUGCCUCGGUAGCCAUCUGGGCUGCUGGAAACUCUCUUUUCAACGUUGAUGGUGGUCAGAGAGCCAUUGUGUACUCUCGUUUGAGUGGUGUUCAGUCCCGUAUUUACCCUGAAGGUACACACUUUGUGCUACCUUGGUUCCAGAGACCGGUUGUGUAUGACGUGAGAGCCAAACCAAGAAAUGUGUCUUCGUUGACCGGUACGAAGGAUUUGCAGAUGGUCAACAUUACGUGCCGUGUGUUGUUCAAGCCGGACGUCAUGGAAUUGCCUUCGAUCUACCGUACUUUGGGUAAGGACUAUGACGAGAAGGUGUUGCCAUCUAUUGUCAACGAGGUGUUGAAAUCCGUGAUUGCCCAGUUUAACGCUUCCCAAUUGAUCACCCAGAGAGAAAAGGUUUCUAGACUUGUAAAGGAGAACCUCACGCGUCGUGCUUCCAAGUUCAGUAUCUUGUUGGACGACGUUUCUUUGACAUUCAUGACAUUUUCUCCAGAGUUCAGUGCUGCCGUUGAAGCCAAGCAGAUUGCUCAGCAGGACGCCCAGAGAGCCGCUUUCAUUGUCGACAAGGCAAUCCAGGAGAAACAGCAAUUGGUGGUGAAGGCUGCUGGUGAGGCCAAGUCUGCUGAGUUGAUUGGUGAGGCUAUCAAGAAGUCCAAGGACUAUGUCGAAUUGAAGAGAUUGGACACCGCCAGAGAGAUUGCUCGUAUUUUGGCCAACUCGCCAAACAGAAUCCUCUUGGACAACGACACCUUGUUGUUGAACACUGUUGCAGACACCAGGAAAUGA